CUCUCUGAUAAAGUGAGGAAAAAGGUUCAAGCUGCCUUCCCAGUUUUUGAGGUUGAGGGCGGAGGGAGAGUUCAUGCCCCCGUCGAGUACACCCAAAUUAAGGAUCUAGCAGAGGCGGUUAGAAAAUAUGGUGUAAAUGCCAAUUUUACUCUAGUAAUGCUAGAAAGGUUUGCUGGUGUGGCUAUGACACCCGCUGACUGGCAAAUGUUGGCUAAGGCAGCGCUCCCUACCAUGGGUCAAUACAUGGAAUGGAAGGCGCUAUGGCAUGAGGCUGCACAAGCUCAAGCCAGGGCAAACGCUGCUGCACUGACCCCCGAGCAGCGAGAUUGGACCUUUGAUAUGUUAACAGGCCAGGGCCCAUUUGCCGCUGAUCAGACGGCUUUCCCAUGGGGUGCUUAUGUUCAAGUUUCUAGCACUGCCAUUAAGGCUUGGAAGGCACUCCCCAAAAAAGGGGAAGCUUCUGGGCAACUUACUAAUAUCAUUCAGGGACCUCAGGAACCAUUCUCAGAUUUUGUGGCUCGAAUGACAGAAGCAGCGGGGCGCAUCUUUGGGGACCCUGAUCAGGCUGCGCCUCUUGUUGAACAACUGAUUUUUGAGCAGGCGACCCAGGAAUGCCGCGCGGCCAUAGCGCCCGGAUAUCAUAAGGCUGCUCUCUGCCGUUCCGUUAGAGAUAUCAAAGGGCGACUCCUUCCGCCGCUCACAGAACAACACCAAGUGGUUCAAAAAAACGUGAAGAUGGGCCCCCGUUCCCAGGGCCCCCACAAGUAUGGGGACAAGGCCAACCAGAGUCGAGGAGAAAGGGAGGAGAGCCUGUCGGAAGACACACAGGAUUGGACCUGCACGCCUCCUCCGACUUCUUAUUAA